AUGGGCUAUCCAGAUUCUUUUGAGGGUUUCAUGGUUGAGUCGCAGAAAGACUGGACCAAUUUCAAGAAGCAAGAUUUCAAACCGAAGCCUUUCGAAGACAAUGACAUCGACAUCAAGAUUGAGUGCUGUGGUGUCUGCGGCUCAGACGUCCACAGUAUCAAUGGCGGCUGGGGGGAGGUGCCGCUGCCCCUCUGCGUCGGUCAUGAAGUCAUUGGAAAGGCCGUCAAGGUCGGUUCCAAAGUCAGCACAGUCAAGGUUGGCGACCGCGUCGGUGUCGGAGCGCAGAUCCAGUCCUGUAUGGAGUGCAAGCAAUGCAAAAGUGAUAACGAGAAUUACUGCCCCAAGCAGGUCGACACCUAUGGUGCGCCAUACCCCGACGGCACUAUCGCGCAAGGUGGAUAUGCCAGCCACAUCCGAGCACAUGAAUACUUCACCUUCCCAAUCCCAGACUCCAUACCAAGCAUCGAGGCCGCUCCAAUGAUGUGCGCAGGUCUGACGGUCUACUCACCCCUCGUCCGCGCCGGAGUCGGGCCAGGCAAGAAGGUUGCAAUUGUUGGCAUUGGUGGACUCGGUCACUUCGCAAUCAUGUUUGCAAACGCACUUGGUGCCGAAGUCACGGCCAUCUCGCACUCGCCCAAUAAGAAGGAAGACGCCCUGAAGCUCGGCGCUAAGCACUUCGUUUGCUCACGAGACAAGGAUUGGGCACAACCCUUGGCCUUCGAGUUCGACUACGUACUGAAUUCGGCAGACAUGGGACACAAGAUGAACAUGAAAGACUAUAUCAGCAUUCUGAAUGUUGGUGCUGAGCUUCACCACGUUGGGCUGCCGGAUGGACCGUUCCCUGAAUUGAUGGCGCAGGAUUUCGCCUCGAACGGCAGCAAAAUGGGAACGUCACAUAUUGGGUGCAGGACCGAGGCGUUGGCUAUGCUGAAGCUGGCUGCCGACAAGAAUUUGAAGCCGAUGAUUGAAACGGUGGAGAUUUCCGAGGAUGGGUGCAAGAAGGUGGUACAGGGCGUGCAUGAUAACGCCGUCAGAUAUCGGUAUACAUUGACCAACUACGACAAGGCUUUUGGCAAGGGCGAGUAG